AUGUCCACGUGUUGGCUGGUCUACCUUGAGAUCAGCCGCCGUGUGUAUUUCUCGACACUCGUCAAGCUAUUAAGCGGUUAUCUUCUAUUCGCUGCAAAUUUCGAAGAUUUCCAUACGAUCGCUAAAAAAUUAGCUGCCGAUAAACGACCUGUAGUUUCAACGAGAAAUAAUCAGGCAAGCCCAGAUAGCUAUUACGAAUACGAAGACGAUUACGAGAGAUCAUAUGAAAACAGACCGAAGAACAAUCACCAGUUAAAUAAAAAACGCCAGAAAGCCACCUCAGACACAGAUACAGAUCCUCAAAUAGAUUUCGAAGAAUUAGUCGAAAGAGUCAAGAAAAGAAUUGAGAAGGAACUUAAAGAUAAAUAUUUGAAAAAUAUAAAACAAGACGAUGAGAACAAAGGCGACAUUGACGACAAUAAUGAAAUGGUUACUAAUAAGGAAAAUAAUUCUGAAACUUUAAAACACGAAAAAGAAAAUAAACAGAAGAAAUCAAAAGUAACGGAAGGAGUUGAAGAAACGUCACCACCAGAAGACGACACGGAAUUUAUCGAUGAAAUCACAGAUAAACCUCAAAGACUUAAUUCGAAUAAAACUCACACACAAGAAAAAAUCAUCAUGACUAAGAAAGACAGCUACGAAGAUUACAAAAUGCCAGAAAAGGAAACUGAUAUUUACUCGAGUUCAGAAAAGGCGCGUCAGAAAUAUGGAAAUACAAAUAAAAGAUUCAAAAUCGAACAGAACAGACAACAGAAACGUCACAGCAAUGACAGUUCCGAAUCUACGUCACGUCAAACCAGAGCCAGCACGAAGAGACUCAAAAGUCAUGGUAAAAUUAAAUCUAGAACGAGAAAAACAACGCCAAACUACGAUUACAAGGAGAAAACAAAUUCCGACGAGCUUGAAACGAAAACAAAGAAAUUCGACAUGGUCGAUGAAACGACCUUAACAUCGAAAGAAAUUACGAAAAGAGCUAAAUCCGGUACAAUGCUACCAACACGAGAAAGAUAUAAAACUGUAACGCCAAAUUACAACGCAAAACUGCCAACGUUAGUCGAGAAAUAUGAUUUCGAUGAACCUUUACCGGAGAGGGAUCGCGAAAGGGAGGAUUUGAAAUACUACGGGAACCCUCCCGCUCGUAUCAAUAAAAAAAUACGUCUAGUAUAA